UUCGGCAGAUGGCGCCUGUUGCCGAACUAGCCGUUUGCUGUCUUCUCAUGGUUUCGAGCCAGUCUGCAGCGAUGCAGUUCGACGUGCUCCAACCGCUGCCGAUGGAUGACGAAGAGCCGAACGAUGUCGCGCAGCUUCCGCGCGACGCCACCAGGUCUGAGUGGGACGAAGAAAACGUGCAUGGACAAGUGCCCUCCGGGAGGCCGUGGCCAGGCUUGCACGCGCAGGUGACCCCGAGCCACGAAUCACUGUCAUCGCCGCCGUCCUUCUUCGAGCCGACGCCGGCAUUGCCCCACGACCCUAGCACCGAGGCUGGACCCGACGAUCCCGAGCACAAGGAUACCGGCACGGCGGGUGCUGGCUUCGGGGCGGCCUGCGGACCACGUGAACGCUGUAGUAGUUCUCUCGGGCUCGCCUGCCUUCAGGCCGAGCACGAAGAAUAUCGCUGUGGGUGCGGCCAGGAGACGCCAGUGUUCAUCAACGAAGGUGGCGUCAAGAAAUGCGUUCGAGCUAAGUCGAUGUACGAGUCGUGCGUGAGCCACCGGGAGUGCAGCUUCCAGAACCCAAACCUGCAGUGCGUCGACUUCCUGUGCUACUGCCCGCUGCCUUACGUGCUGACGGAGUUGCACCAGUGUCUCGCACCAUCCGAUCCGCACAACAACAUGAUGUUCGCAAUCGCUCCCACGGCGGUUCUGGUCGCCGUGCUGCUUCUGAUUGGCGGCGCUUACACCUACAGAAAGGUAUCCGGCGGCAGCAGUGCCUGGUCGACCAACAGCAGCGUUCUCGGCCUGCGCAGCGCCGACGAGCGUCGCCGGUCGGAGUCUACGCGUCGCGUCUCGUCGGCCAUACGGCUGGGCCGGAAGACUGAGGCGAGCAGGCGGCUGCGGCUCUCGCUCGACGAGCACGGCGCCGCGCUCAGGAACGCCAAAGCGCCCCGGCACCCGCCGCGAUUCAUCAAGAGCAAGCCACGCCAGCAGAGCAUACAGCGAACACAGAGGUCGCGUUCGCCAGACGUCCGGACCAACGUGAUUAAGGAGGAGUCGGCGAUCUUCUCCGAGUCGGCCGGCACUUCGUCGUACCAUACCUCGCCUCGCCUAGCAGGGCUGGCAUCGUCCAAGCCAACCAACGUGCAUAGAAUCCUGCCCGUGCACGAGGAGGUGGCCGUGCACAUCAUUCACCAGAGCCCGACCUCGGCCUCCCAGGAGCUGUCCACCGAGGUUCCGUGGCUGAGGAAGGCGCAGGAGGAGGCAGGAAGGCGGGAAUCCCCGACGCGGCUGCUGCUUCCACGUAACGACCCGCUGUGCAGGAUGCUCAACGAGGCUGAAGUCAAGGUCAGCGUCGAGAGGCACAGCUCGACCGUCAGUGACGACGUCACGAAGGCCGCACGUCCGCCUCCAAGGUUUAUCGGUGACCGUCGAAAUUCCGGUUCGCAACCGUCGGGUCCCCCACCGGGCAAGUCGCGGGAGGUGAGCAAGGCAGAGUCCACCACCGAGGACUCGUUCAUGAGAGAGAUUCGCUUCAAGAUGAGAGCCUCCUCCGUGCCGAUGGUCAGCGUUCAGGAGCGCGCCAUGUCCACCGAAGCCGUGCGCACCACGGACACCGCCGUGCAGCUCGAUAAGACCGGCCCGGAGAUGAUUGACCAAUCGCAGCAGAUGUCCGAGCAGCCCAGCCUAGCUCCAGAGCUCAGAGCCGCCGCUCCUGUGCACAAGUUGGUCCAGGAGGCGAAGUCGCAGCAAAAACCAGCGAAUGUGAGCAAACAGCGAGCUGAAGAAAUCGUGGAACAUCCGUGUGAAUCUCGGCAAGGUCCCGUGAAAGACGUCAAUGUAGAAAAAUCCCAGAAGCCCGGUGUGUCUUCAUCGAGGGAAACGCAACAUGAAAGACCAAACAAGAUCCCCGGAAAACGUCUGAGCUUCCUCAAGCGCAUCUUUUCCGAUUCGCCGUCAAGCAAGACCCACGUGAGCGUUGCUCAGGAACCACCGCCUAUGCCAGGGCCUGCAAAGAAAAUAUUCCAACACCCUCCGAAGGUGGCGGACGUUUCAAAGGUGAUGAAAACCGUGAAGCCUGCAGAAGAUUCGAAGACAGACACUGGCAAUGUUAAUGUUAAGGAGCCAAUUUUACGUAAAACAGGAGCUACCGACAACAUUUGUAAAGAGCCGACGACGAGAAACCCGGUUUUUACAGACGUUCUCCAGGAACUCGUCAAGCGUUACGCUGAGAGGAUGGCCUCGAGGGCAUCAGCGAAAGACGUUUCCUGCAACGAGGUCGCAGAAAAAACGUCGUCCCGGUUUUCUGGACCCGGCUUGACGGUACCCGACAUCACCGCGCCUCUUUCUUCCAAGUCAAAGACAGAUGUCCCUCCGAAAGGAGUCGUAAAGCAGAGCCCGUUUUUUCUCAAGGAACUGGAGACCAUCAAAAACACGUCGCCGCCAAUGUCUCCGCGGUUUUACACGACGACCGUGGAGGAGUCCGACAUGCUCUGCCCAACAGUUCAGGGUAUAGUCGAGGCACGGGAGAGUCGAAGAGCUGCGAGCAGAACGUGCAUCGACGACUUUCGGAGGCAAAUCGCACUCGCGGACCGAACCCCGGCUGGCUCACCCAACUUCACGACGACGACGAUUGACGAGGGGGCCAAAGUUCGAACCAUCAAGGGCUUCCUGCAUCCACACACGGUCAGGCAAGACGGACAGCGAGCUGGUCCGAACCUUGCUGCCAGACCACAGAGUUCGAGUCAGCUGAUCACCACCGUGGGCAACAAGCCGUUCAAGGUUUGUGCGUGGGGCGACAGCUUCAGUAUGACCGAUGAGACUCCGUCUAUUGAGAGCAGGAUAGACGGCUAUCUCCCCCCGAACACUCCACCACCGCAGGUCCUCUCGCUGAGGCAGGAACUGGAGGCCGCCAACGCUGCAGCUGGUGUAAGCCUGGAGCAAACGUUCAGGGGCCCGAGAAUGGACGCCAACUGGAGUCUCGUGACUCCGGAGGCCGUACUCGGAAGCAUGGACGUGGAAUCGAGCGAAACCUCCAUGGGAGGCCUUCGCGCCACCUUUAAGCAGUCUGUAGAUGUUGCAUCCAGAAUGAUUGUGCCCUACGAAGAUGAUACGCGCGUGGUUCCUGCAUCAAAGGACAAGAAAGUCAAAGGGAAUGAGCGCAAGAAGAAAGUCAAUUUUCAGGAAAAGCCCUUCGCUGACGUGCUUGCAGAAAUCGAGGAAGAUUAUGAAGAGUUUGUAAACGAAGCAAAGUUCAGGCAAGAUGACCUCGCUGUCUGCGUGGACAAUGACAGCGUUGCCGAAGGAUCCGUUGGAAGCGGUGCAAGUGAAGACGAUGAAGAAGUCACUGAUCACGCAUUCAUCGAGGCUCGUGCCGAGGCCGCAGAUGAGAGAGGAGUCGAACAUAAAGGACACGCCGAGCUAGGGAAGGAAGAAAUUGAAGUAGAGACCCGCCUCCCCUUGACGCAAGUAGUAGCUAGUCAAAACACCACUCGGUUAACGAUUCAACAAAUUGGCGGUCAAACCAACCAAAUGCUCUCGGAGCGAGAUCUGGUCGAGCUGGCAGCAUCUACAAGACAGUUGUCAGUGACGCCGUCACAAACGGUGAGUUCUAGGAACACCGUCAUCAGCCACCCGUUCUGCCGCUCCGACGAAGGGCCUCUGCUACCGUCAGCGUCGACGACGCUGUCUUUCCUGUCCUCCGACUCAAACGUCAGCGUUGGGCACCGGGCGACAGAUCUGACGUGCUUGCACGCCCUCGCAGAGCUGGCCGCUCCUUUUCAAGAGACGGGAGAUGGGAAGUCGCAGACCGGGGUCGCAAACCUUCCGGUUACGCUAAAGACGGAGUCACCCGCUCCUCAGGAGCUUCACCAUCGCCAGCUAGAACCGCAGCAACACCCGCCGCAACAGUACCAGGCCGGGGAGCAGCCGCAGAAGCAGCAACACCAGGGGAAACCAACACCAUUACCAUCGCAGUCGCCUUCGGGUGAAGACAGGUCCGUGCGAUCGUCUCGCCGCUGCCGCAUGCUGCAGCAGGCGAGGCGCCAGGACAGCGUGGAAAACCGGAGCGCGCGUUUGCCCAAGAGGCCGAACACGGGCGAACGCCAACGCUUGAGCCGCUUCGCCGCCAAGGAGUGCCGUUGGGGCGACGACAUCAUCCGGGUCAUUAUGAUGGGCAACAAGCACUACAUUCGCGAGCGGUCGCAAUCGUCGCCACGCCCUCGGUCGGCCUCGAUCACCGGCGGAGCGGCGUUGCUCGACGAGACGCAGUACAUCACCCAGCAGAUCGAACUAGCGCACGCCUCCAUCAAUGACGCUGGCCAUACCUGCCCUUCACCCGUGUUGCGUCAAGCCGCCGUAGGUGCCCAGACGGUAGCGACGCUUGAGGCGGCAGCGGCUACACCGACGCGCUCCCGUGACUCGUCUGCAAGUGUGGUCAAGGGGGCGUUACUGCCCUGGUCGGAGCAGCGUGCGUCGUCGCCGUCAUCGCUGCCUUGUCGGGUGUCGCAGCGGUCGUCACAGAGGACCUGUUCAAGGCCUCCGUCCUCUCUGUCGUCGCCAGAUCCGCUUGGCGCUAGACAACGCGUCACGUGGGGUCCCGGCGGCGAGCAGCGUAAAAUGGACACGAUUGCAGAGGCAGUUUGCGAAAUCGAGCUGAAGGAUCCGCAGGCAGUCGCGGGCGCUCUGGCGUCUAAGGCAUCGGAGCUGAAGACUGGCGGCGACGUGUUUAGCGGUGACACUCUCGCCAAGAGCCCGGUCCAGGUGGUCGUGGUCGAGGACAACAUGGACCACCUGGCUCCCAGCCUGACGUCCGAGUUGGGCGCCGAGAGCAGGCUAACGCCCAGCUGGCCCCAGUGGGAGGUGUGCGAGCGCGACCUGAUGGCGUCCGUCAAGAUGCUCUCGGCGGUCGUCGGCACGCCGGAGUCGUUCGCGAAGACCAUCGAGCUGCCUUCACCCGAGGGCCUGCUGAUGUCGGAGACCUCGACACUGGCGAGCCGUGUGGACACCGUGGCUCCGAGCUCCAUCGGCUGCAGCGUCGUCUUGGAGCCGAGCGCUAGUGCGCUUUCGUACACCACCGGAAGCUCUAAGAACGUGCGCAGCAGGCGGCUCUCGGCCAAGAUACUGGAGGGCCCCUGCUUCGAAUCCAUAUACAAUUCCAUCCUGCAGCCAGGUUCCUCGCCGGCCCUCUCGCUGAGUAUCCCGGUACUCGGUUCUCGAGAUUUCCCGGGCUUUCUCGGGACCCGGGGCAGGCCGACCGGACCGACGUCUGAGCAGCCGGUGGUUCCGUGUCGCGCCGAUGACUCCACGAUCGGCGGCAGCUCGGCAGACGCUGCGACGACGUCGGGACCCGUGAGCCUCGCCUCGUCUCUGGGAACGCAGGAGCACAGCGGCUCCUAUGAAGUCCAGGCGAGGCGGCGCGCAGAGACAGCCGCUGCCCGCGGGCAAGAACGGACGAGCGGUGUGGCUCCACCGAAUGGUCGGCCGAGGCUUAGGAGCGGCAGCCGGCGCAGCGGUAGCCGGUGCAGCGGUAGCCGACGCAGAGCGAGCCGGACACCGAGCUCUGGCACCCUGCCACAGCAGGAUGCUCCGGCCGCAUGGCCGGAAGACAGUGUGGCCGAUGUGGUGGUCCCCGACUCAGAGGGCGGACCAACUGGCGCCGAUGUCGACAGCGAGGAGGACCGCUCGUCGUUCUUCUCCUUCGAAGAGUCGGCGUCCGAGACGUCCCUGCUGCCGGACGCCGCGAACCUGGACUGGUGGGCCUCGUCGCACGCCUCGCGCAGCCGUACCGACCUCGCCUGAGGCGCUGGCACAGCCGAGCCGGUCCUUGCGCCGGCAACGCCUGUGCUGCGCGCGACCACUGCGCGUGCUUGCCCGGAAGCCUGUCGCAUCGCGGGCGCCGCAACGGCCAGGCCCGAGCCACUGAAGGUUCGCUCGCCAGAAGGGCUGCUGCGGGCGCAACUAUUGAGCUGCGGUAUUGCGGUGAACAACGCAACCUUCUUCAA